GAUCUAGCAGACGUUGAUCCCUCCCCUAUCCGGGUCCAUUCAUGAGGGGUUGAUAAUCUCGGCAGCACAGACAGUAGGGUUGUCUCGUCAUUUCUCUCGUGUUGGAGCUUCAGAGAAGAGCCCAUCAUGCCCGGACUUCUGCUGGGAGACUUGUUCCCCAAUUUUGAGGCCGACACCACCAUCGGCAGGAUCAAGCUCCACGAUUUCCUGGGCAGCUCAUGGGGUGUCCUGUUCUCCCACCCAAAGGACUUCACCCCUGUCUGCACCACUGAGCUCGCCUGUGCUGCUAAGGUCAGCGAUGAGUUCAAGAAACGAGAUGUGAAGAUGAUUGCUCUGUCCAUUGACAGUGUUGAGGAUCACCACAACUGGAGCAAGGAUGUGAUGGCAGUCAGCAGUUCAGCUGCAAAAACUCUGCCAUUCCCCAUCAUCGCUGACCACAACAGAGCGCUGUCCAUCGAGCUGGGCAUGCUGGACCCCGAUGAGAGAGACAGUGAGGGCUUGCCCCUCACUGCUCGCUGCGUCUUCGUGAUUGGCCCUGACAAGAAGCUGAAGCUCUCCAUCCUCUACCCCGCCACCACAGGAAGGAACUUUGAUGAGAUACUCCGAGUGAUCGACUCUCUGCAGCUCACUGCACAUAAGAAGGUUGCCACACCUGUCGACUGGAAGCCUGGUGACAAGGUCAUGGUCAUUCCUUCACUCUCCGAGGCUGAAGCUGCUGCUCUCUUCCCCAACGGUGUGACCACUAAAGAGGUGCCUUCUGGGAAGAAAUACCUGCGCUACACCCAGCCCUAAAGAAACACUAGAGACUGAAUUCUUUGUAUAGAUUACUACUCUUUGAUAAAUGAAAAUCAUUGGAUGACAACAUAUUAAACUGAUCAAAAGCAUAUACUGUAUGCACCAAUUUGGAAGUUAGUUUCAUGCAACCUUUCCAGCAAUGAACAGAGAUUAUUUACUGUAAUUUUCCAGUGCCUUGUUUCAAUCAAUAAACGCACUUUUCACACA